AAUAUCUGGUGGUAAGAACCGGGGAUGCGAGCGUUCCAGACAUUGGAGCUAUCUUGAACGUUGCUUAAGUUUUGCCCUAAAUCAUCCCGUCACAAUUUCUCAACAGCUAUCUCCCAUGCUGACGUCUCUUGGUGAAUCAUUGGCACUGAGACAGCUGUCUGCAGAGCAUGUGAAAGAAACAGAUGACUACAGAAAGCUAUCGCUAAACAUUCUGGUUGCCUUUCUCGCCCUUCAUUCGAUAUCCGGCUCGCAUGUGCUGUCAGGGCUUACUCUUGCUCUCGUCUUAUACACGGUCAGCCUACACAUGGCAUGCAGGAACCUCACUGGCGCUUGCGAGCAACUUGACCCGCACAUAUUCUCGUUCCUCAACGCCAUUCCGGGUUUGGGAAUUUCAGUCAUAACGUGUAUUGAAUUAUUUCGUGUGAUGAGCUCUCCCACAGCCGCAGUAUUUGUGAUAUUGGCCUGCUUUGUACCACCGUUGACUCUGGUUGCUCACCGCUUCUGUGCUGGAGCAAGGCAAAAUAACGCGGGCCCACGUUCACUCACUACCGACAUGGAAGUCGGUAUGAGAAGUAGUACGUGCAGCGAUCGGAUGAGCGUUAACAUUCCAAAACAAAAACCAUCGGGUUCUUAGAGACUCAACCUUUUAUUUGCGAUCUUCAAAGUCAUGUCAACGGUGUGUUACUAUUUAAAUGUAUAUUCUUGUUUAGUAGCAGUAGGGACGUCUGGUGCAGAAGAUCG